CGUGCGCAGGUAUCCCCAGAAAUUGACUUCCUGUGCGCAGCUUGCUAUCGAAAUUGAUAUUUUUCGAUAAUAAAAGUUUUGCUGCAGAUCAUGGUCACUGUAGAACAGUUGUACAAGAAGUUCGGGGUUCUUGCUGAUGCAAAAGAUAAAGCAGGAGAGCAUGAAGAGGAAUUCCUGUAUAUUAUAAGUGCAGUUAAAGGAGGUCCAGGAGAGAAAAGACUUGCGUCACAAUUCGUCACGCGCUUUUUCAAGUACUUUCCGAAGCUAGCAUACCAGGCCAUCAAUGCUCUGUUCGACCUUUGUGAGGAUGAUGAUAUCAAUAUCAGGAAACAAGCGAUCAAGGACCUCCCUACACUGUGUAAAGUGAACGCUGAGCAUGUACCAAAGAUUGCCGAGGCUCUGACACAGUUGUUACAGUGUGAGGAUCCGAUAGAACUCGGUCUCAUACAUACGGCCCUAAAUCAGCUGUUCACAAUAAAUGCAAAAAGUGUGUUAAAUGGUAUAUUUACACAAAUACAUGGAGAUGAUGACAGAGUUAGAGACAAUGCGAUUAAAUUUCUGUUUAUAAACCUGAGAAAAUUACCAGAGGACACAUUGAAUAAAGAAUCACAAGAUUAUAUUGUAGACGAGUGUAAAAAGGUAUUACAGGAUGUAACUAAGGAAGAGUUCAUUUUCAUAAUGGAGAUACUGAAAUCACUGUCCAGUAUGAACACAGUGAUGGGAAGACAACAGUUAUUGGAAAUUGUCACAGAACAAGCAGAGUUGGACCAAACUUUUGAGGCAGCGGAUUCAGAUGUUGUAGACAGACUUAUGUCAUGUGUAAAACAGGCAGCUCCAUUGUUUUCUAAAAAUGUGCAUUCAGAAGUGUUUGUGAAUUACAUAUGUAACAGUGUGUUACCCGGACUUAGUGCCAUGGCAUCCCCAGAAGAUGGGGUAGACUAUAAACUAGACAUGUUAAAAUUACUAGCAGAAAUCUCAGACUAUAAUGGAUUUACACAAGAAGAAGUACAGACUCCUUUGAGCAAUGUUUUCUCUAGGUUAAUUGAUUACAUGCCAUUACCCCCGCCAGAGGUAGAAACAGAUGCCGAUCUCGACGAAGAACCAAAACUACAGUUUUCAUAUGUUGAAUGUUUAAUGUACACAUUUCAUCAGCUUGGGCGUAAACACCCAGAAUUCCUUACAGCAGAAGACGCCGCAGAAAGAUUAAAAGAUUUUAGAUCAAGGUUACAGUAUUUUGCACGCGGGGUACAGAUUUACAUAAAGCAGUUGCGGCAAGAUUUACAAGGAAAAUCAGGGGAUGCUCUGAAAACGGAAGAGAGUAAAUUGAAAGUAUGUGCCCUCAAAGUUACAUCAAACAUAAACAGUCUUAUUAAAGACUUAUUCCACAAUCCACCAUCAUACAAAUGUCUUGUCACGUUGUCAUGGAAACCUGCAACAAAAACAGUUACAUCCCCAGGAGGGGCAGCAUCUCAAACUGCACAGAAGAGAUACACACCAAUAACAUACGAUGGAGCUGCAAAUGGAGCAUCACAUCCAAAGAAAACAAAUCGUGAAGCACGUCAGCUGUACGCCCCACCCAGCGGCAAAUUUAGUGAUAAAGCUGGUUCUUACACAGGCGGUCCAAGAGGUGGGGGAGGAGGCGGACGUGGGGGUAGAGGGUGGGGCAGAGGUUUUAGAGGGGGCAGAGGAAGAAGAUUUUAACAAUAGAAAAAUAUUUAGAAAGGAAAAGAUUUAAAUGCUCUAAAGAUGUGUGCAUGAAAGCAAGAGGCAGUUACGAUUUUUUAAGAAGCAGUUUUACGAGAAAAGAGAAAUAUUGCAGCUUUGUCUAAAAAACGUCUGUUUGAAGGGAGAACCUCUAAGAGGUUGAAAACUUCGAGGCAAAGUUUUGAAAUUUUAGAUUUUAAAUCUGUUUUAGAAUGUUCUGUUUAUCUUAAAAAAUCAAAAUCA